AUGGCCUUCAACUUCAACUGGUCGCCGCUGACGGCCGACGCCGAGUUCUACCAGCGCGCCCGAGAGAUGCUCACCACGGCGCUGAACAAAUCCCCGAAGCCCCCGAUUAUCGUCGAUGACAUCCUCGUUACCGAGCUCAACCUGGGCUCCGUGCCCCCCGAGCUGGAGAUUCUCGAGAUUGGCGACAUUGCCGAAGACAGAUUUCGUGGAAUAUUCAAGAUGUGCUACUCCGGCGACGCCUUCUUGACGCUGAAGACCCGGGUUCAGGCAAAUCCAAUGAAUACCUACCUGUAUUCCAAGCCAGCUUUCACAUCCCCGCAACCGUUAGCGGCGGCGGCUGGCUUGACAAUUCCGUUGUCAAUAACGCUGUCCGAAAUCAAGCUCUCGGCUUUCAUCAUCCUGGUCUUUUCUAGAACGAAAGGCCUCACCCUGGUCUUCCGAAAUGACCCGCUCGAGUCGCUCAAGGUCUCUUCGACCUUUGAUUCGAUCCAGUUCGUGCGCGACUAUCUCCAGCGUACGAUCGAGGCUCAGCUCAGGAACUUGAUGAUGGACGAGCUCCCCGCCAUCAUUCACCGCCUUUCGCUUCGCUUGUGGUGCCCUGACGCUGUGCCCAAGGAAGAGGAGUCACCGAGAGAGAAUGCCGAUGAGCCCGUUGUGGAUCCCUUGGCCAGCCCCCCACUAGACCCUGUCGAUGCGAAUGGUAACCUUCUCGACGCCAACGAUGUGUCGUCAUUGUCGCUUGAGGGUGGCCCAGAGGUUCAGUCAUUAUUCUCCCAGAAGAACUUGCUGAGGCUCGCCGCACUGAACGAUUCUCACCGCACAUGCUCUCUCUUCACGCCGGGUAUCCGCGAUGUCGUUUUCCGGGCUUGGACCAGACCUGCAGCGUCUGAACCAAGCAGCACUCCACCAACGGCAACCCCGAGCCUGUCUAAGACGAAUUCCUUCCACGGCACUUCGACGACGUACACGUUCUCGGACACAGGUAGCGCCGCCCAUGGCCAUCUGCCUUCCCGGCCGUCCCUGGUCAGCCUUAACUCGGCUACCACUGGACUGUCACUCGGCGCUGGAAUUAGAUCGAAGUCGUAUGCUGGCCGCAAGAAGAAGAACAGAGUUGUCAAUCUCAGACGCUCCAAGAGCGAAGUCGGCACUCCAGAGGGAAGCGAUACCUACUCGGAUAUGGCAUCUGACUCUGCGUCCGUGGCCGGACCCUCAACCGAGCCUCUCAUGUCUAGCUCUAUUGCUGAAGAUCCCGAAGAGGAAGAAGCGCUGGCCGAGUUGGCCAAUUCUACACCGAGCAAGGUUCGCUUUAGUCACGUUGAGAGGCCGCACCUCACUUCGCGGCCUCCUCUGCAGCCAGACUUCUACACCGCUCCCACCGAGGAACCCACUGCGCCUAUCAUGCUUGACAGCGAGCACGAUGUCGAGGUGACUCCCAAGGCCCAACCUCAGAAUGCAGAGAACGCAAAGAUGUUCCCCGCUGAGAAGGGCGCUGCCGCGGAUAGCUCUAAUGUCUACGAACAAGCUUGGAUCGAGAAGAUGGCUGGUGAAAUUGCUCGCCGUGUCUACGAUGAGAAGAACCGCCAGCAAAACGGCAUCUGGGACGUGAGGGAAGACGUUCCCCCUCCGGCCUACGAAGCCUCAACAUAA